AUGAAAAUAUUUUUGAAUAAUUUAAAACCAAUGACCCCGAGUGAUGAUGACGAGUGGAAAGAGGUACAAGUUGGGGUUGGACUCUGGGGGUUUAUGGACGAGUUCUCGCCACAGGUUGAAGAAAUUCGUCAGAUGAUAGAUAAGAUAGCGUCCAACGUGGAGGAAGUGAAGAUGAAACACAGUACGAUAUUGUCCGCACCUCAGACAGAUGACAAAACUAAGGAAGAAUUAGAAGAAUGGAUGAAUGACAUUAAAAGAACAGCAAAUAAAGUUAGAGCUAAAUUAAAGGUUAUUGAACAAAAUAUAGAGCAAGAAGAACAUUCAAGUAAAUCUACUGCCGAUCUCCGAAUACGUAAAACACAGGUAUGUAAAAAUAAUAGUGAGUGUAAACCUCCAGAGUGCUG